AUGCCACCACCUUCACUACAUCAUACAGAAAUUCAACAAUUCUUUCUCUUUGUCUGUAAAAAGCAAAAGAAAUUAAAAGGAAAGACAGUUGAACUAAGUGUCUUUCUUGCUGAUGAUCAGCGAGGUUUGCCAGGAGGUCCGGGGAGCAGUAUCGUGCGACCCCGCCCUACCUUCAAUUCAUGGGCUGAUGAGGUGGAAAGUCAGGACCCAGAUGGGGAUUAUCCAGAGGUUCCUUAUAAAUCUGUCAUUGAUCGGUCUAUGUUGCCGACUGCUCCACGAGCUGCUCGGGGCCCUGAUAUAGAUUUGGAAACUGUCCCUAAACAACCUCCCUUUGUUGCUUAUAUUGGAAACUUACCUUAUGAUACUGAACAGGAUAAAAUUUACAAGUUCUUUAAUAAACUCAAGGUGACAAAUAUUCGAUUACCAACUGAAAAAGGAAAGUUGCGAGGAUUCGGAUAUGUGGAUUUUGAAGAUAGAGAAUCCCUUAUUGAAGCCCUGUCAAUGAACGAUGAUAUGAUUCAAGGAAGAAAAAUACGGAUUGCUCUUUCAGGAAACAUGGAUCGUGAAGAUAGGAGAGGUGGUGCAGAUGACCAAAUAGACAGAACAGAUUGUGACUGGAGACGUGGUGGUGGUGGUGGUGGUGGUGGUGGUGGUGGUGGUGAACGUUCCAAUGAUGGAUUUGGUGAUCGUGAUGGAGGCCGUUAUGGUGACAGGGAUCGUGACCGUGGUGGAUUUGGCAGUGCAGCUCCAGAAUCUGGGCGUUGGGAACGAAUGGGUGGCCCAAGCCAACAUGAAAAGUCUGAGCGCUAUGAAGCUGCUCCGUCUGAUGAUAAUCAGAUGUGGGACAGAGGUUACACAGUUGAUUCUUCCAGAGGUGAUCGUUGGGGUGACCGAAAUGAUCGGUGGAAUGACCGCCGAGGUGGUGAUGAAAGAUGGGGUGAUCGAAAUGAGCGAUGGAAUGAGCGCCGUGGUGGCGAUGAUAGAUGGAAUGACCGAAACGAGCGGUGGAAUGAGCGCCGUGGUGGCGAUGAUAGAUGGGGUGACCGAAACGAGCGGUGGAAUGAUCGUGGAUAUGGAGACCGUGACCGUGGUUAUGGUGGUGGCCGUUACCGAGAUGAUGAUAGAGGUUAUGGAGGCAGGAAAAACUAUGGUUCUGAACGUAACUAUGAAAGACGCGGUGGUGGUGGUGGUGGAGGAGGAGGAAGUUAUAGUGGUGACAGGGCUUUUAAUUCAAGCCGUGAUUCAAGUCGUGAACCUCCCAAAGACAGACCAAAAUUAAAUCUACAGCCUCGGACAAAACCUGUGGAGACUGUUCCCGAGAAAACAUCUUCUAUAUUUGGUGGAGCACGUCCAGUUGAUACAAGCCAGAGAGAGAAAGAAAUAGAAGAAAGACUUCGCAAACAAGAAGACAUGUUAAAGACUCGAGAUGAAGAAAAAGAGAAUCUUGGUAGUGGCAGCAAUAAAAGGCUAGAAUCUCUUGGAAAUUUUGAUCGUCCAUAUCGAGCUGAAGGUGACAAGGAAUCUUCAAGAAGAGAAAGGAGGCUUAGUAGUAACUCCAGUCAAAGUAAAGGAAUAAAACCUGCACCAUUAAACCAAAGCAGAACUCGUCGUGACAGUAACAACUCUAACACGUCUGAGGUUUAUUCUGAUGAAAAAGAAGAGAAACCUGCUCCACCUUCUCCAAGGAAAGAAGAUGCUCCUGCAAAAAUGGUACCUGCACCUCCACCCAAAGAGAACAUUUGGGAGAGACGAAAAACAGAACAGAAGAGUGGAAAAGAUAAUUCCUAUAAUGAGGAUAGGAAUUAUUAUGAAUCCUCAAAUAAAUGGAAGAAGAACCAGAUGGACUCAAACAGAGAAAAUGACAGGAGAUCAAUAUCGACUGAUGAUGAGCAUAAACGUGCAGGCAAACCUGCAAGUGAGAAAGGACGAAAUCCAAGAGAAAAGCAAAUGCCAAAAUCCUAUGAGGAAAUGCCCCAGUAUCAAGAUACAGUGAAAAAGGAUUGGACUGAUGCCAAUAAAUUUAAUUACUUAAACAAUGAAGAUGAUGAAGAUUACCAAGAAAACUUAUCCUGA